UAGAGAGUUCCAGGAAAAAAGGGAGGGAGUAAGAGCAGUAAGUCCAAUAGAGGGCCUGAAAAAUAAGAACCAAAAAGUGUCCAUCAACCUUAGACACUAGCAGGUCAAUGAGACCCUUGAGAUGAGUUGUUUUAGUCUAGUGGUGGGGACAGAAGCCAGAUGGCUUUGUGAGUGCUGACAGUGACUGAGUUAAUCCAAGGAUACCCAUGUCAAAACAAACUUAGGGCAGAUUAUUUUCAUUAGAAAAUCAGUAAGACCCUAAGCUUUUUUUUUUUAAUAGAAAACAAACAACUCUUCCUGAUUAAAAUAACUUUCUGCUUGCUUUACCUCUGCUGCUCACUUUAUAUGUUUUAUAACUUGACAUUAAAAGUCUUGAUCAGAUUAGAUGUCAUUGCAUAUCAUAUCCCCAUCUGUGUAUCAGACUGGCAGCUUUGAAAUGCAAAUCAAAACCAGUAGAUUCCUACAACAAGAAGAUUGUAUUUAAUGAGAUUUGACAUGAGUCUGAAAGAUGAAGAAUCAGAAAUAAUGUGUGUUAAAACUGACUAAAAGUGGACUGGAGUCUGCAGAUACAAAGAGUCACAGGUUUGUUUCCUGAACCACUGAUUUUAAAAUAUUUUUAAAUUUUACUUAGCUGGUUUUGCUUUGUUCCUUCAUCAAGGACCCUGGGUUGGCAGGUCGUUUGUUUUCAUGAGAGCUUUUUGAACCAAUGAGGAUCUGGAUAAUCUUAUUAUACCUCUGUGGCCGUGUGCUUCUUGUGAUGAGGGUCCAGAGAAGUGGUGGGUAACGCUUCACUGUGUGCCAGGAAUCGCUCAUGUUUCAGUUGUACAAGGUCAGAGCUUAAUUUAGCCACCAACUGGGUACUUAAUUUUAGAUACACAGAGGAACACAUUGGCUCCAGGGCACUUCCUCUGAUUUAGGAAGGCAAGGCCCUGGAUAAGAAUGACAAGACGAUCAUUCCAAAAGGACGAAUCCUGAUGAUUCUCUCUGGAAUCUCCAGUAGAUGAUUUUCUCUGGGACCAUAGCAGUUUCAAGAAAUUUCCUGCUUUAAAAUUAUAUCCCGUCAUGGAUGCUAAUGAUGACCCUGAUGAAGAUCAUCUUACAAGUUAUGAUGUUCAGCUCAGUAUUCAAGAAUCUAUUGAAGCCAGCAAGACUGUAUUUUAUCCUGAAAGAUUUGUACCACUAAGCGAUCAGAACAGAAAGCUUGUGGAGGCCAUACAGCAAGGUCACAUUCUUGAGCUCCAGGAGUAUGUGAAAUAUAAAUAUGCUUUGGAUGAAGCUGAUGAAAAAGGAUGGUUUCCAUUGCAUGAAGCUGUUGUUCAACCCAUUCAGCAGAUACUUGAAGUUGUCUUGGAUGCAUCUUAUAAGACGCUCUGGGAGUUCAAGACGUCUGAUGGAGAAACACCUUUGACUUUGGCAGUCAAAGCUGGUCUGGUGGAAAAUGUAAGAACUUUACUAGAGAAAGGAGUGUGGCCAAACACCAAAAAUGACAAAGGAGAGACGCCCCUUCUGCUUGCUGUUAAGAGAGGCUCCUAUGACAUGGUGUCUGCUCUGCUUAAACACAACACCAGUCUUGACCAGGCCUGUGUGAAGCGAUGGUCAGCAAUGCAUGAAGCAGCCAAACAAGGCCACAAAGACAUCAUAGCUCUGCUACUAAACAAUGGAGGCAAUGUCCACCUAAAAGACGGAUUUGGAGUGACCCCGUUAGGUGUUGCGGCCGAGUAUGGUCACUGUGAUGUGUUGGAACAUCUGAUCCACAAAGGAGGUGACGUGCUUGCUUUGGCGGAUGACGGUGCAUCGGUGUUGUUUGAGGCAGCAGGAGGGGGCAAUCCUGACUGCAUCUCCCUCCUGCUGGAAUAUGGAGGAAGUGGAAACAUACCUAACAGAGCAGGGCACCUUCCUAUACACCGAGCUGCCUAUGAGGGACAUUACCUUGCACUGAAAUAUCUUAUUCCAGUAACAUCCAAACAUGCAAUCCAGAAAAGUGGGCUAACACCAAUUCACUCAGCAGCAGAUGGACAAAAUGCACAGUGCCUAGAACUGCUUAUUGAAAAUGGCUUUGAUGUCAAUAGCCUGCUUGCUGACCACAUUUCUGAGAGCUAUGAUGACGAACGGAAGACUGCGCUCUAUUUUGCUGUUUGCAAUAAUGAUAUCCUUUGCACAGAAAUCCUCCUGGCUGCAGGUGCAGACCCAAACCUAGAUCCCCUCAACUGUCUACUGGUGGCAGUGAGGGCCAAUAAUCAUGAAAUUGUCCGGCUGCUUCUUGCCCAUGGAGCUAAUGUCAAUUGUUACUUCAUGCAUGUGAAUGACACUCGUUUCCCCAGUGCCAUACAGUAUGCCCUAAAUGACGAGGUAAUGCUCAGGCUGUUGCUGAAUAAUGGCUAUCAGGUGGAGAUGUGCUUUGAAUGCAUGCAUGGGGACAUCUUUGGAAACUCGUUUGUGUGGUCGGAGAUAGAGGAAGAGGUACUGCCGGGAUGGACAUCUUGUGUCAUAAAAGAUAACCCGUUCUGUGAGUUUAUUACAGUCCCCUGGAUGAAGCACUUGGUAGGCAGUGUUAUUCGUGUAUUAAUAGAUUACAUGGAUUAUAUCCCUCUGUGUGCUAAACUGAAAUCUGCACUAGAAGUACAGAGAGAAUGGCCAGAAAUCCGUCAAAUACUAGAGAAUCCAUGCUCAUUAAAGCAUUUAUGUCGGUUAAAAAUUCGAAGACUGAUGGGGCUGCAGCGGCUCUGCCAGCCAACCUUGAUGGAGAAGCUCUCUCUACCACCAACUAUUCAAAGAUACAUAUUAUUUAAAGAGUAUGACCUCUAUGGACAAGAGCUUAAAUUGCCAUAAUUUAAAAUAAUAUUUUUAAAUGUGACUUUAAAAAUGUUUAAAUGAGAUUCCCUCAGAGAAUUUCUUGGAAUCAUGUUACAUCCUGACAUAUAUUUAAAUCCAUUGACAAUUUUAUAACUGGAUCCUGGGUUCUUUGGGGAACACCAUAUUUCACAUCUUUAAAGAACUUUACAUUGUGAUUUUUUUAAAGCGAGUCAAUAUUUUGCAUUUGCAUUUCUAUUAUCUUCGCUUGCAACAAGUCUUCAAACUCUCCUAUCAAGUGGCUCCUACAGUAUCCAUGAGCAAGUCUCUCCUUUGUUUGUAAAACAAAGAAUCACUUUCUCAAACCCCAGUUGCUGGCAAAUUCUGUCCUUUCUCUUAUUGCCACACUGUAUAAAAGAGCUCCUCCCUGUCUCUGCAGACGCCCUCAUUGUCAUCUGGCUUCUACUCCCUCCACUGCCCUUCCCAAGGUCCUUAUCAACUUGUUUGUUGCUGCUUUCCGUGAGCAUCCUCCAGUCUUUGCAACUGAUUGCUGCAGCAUCUGACACUAUUACCUAGUCUGCCUCCAGGAAAUGGUCUUCCCUUGGUUUUCCAGGUAUCUUGCUCUCUUGGCCCUCUUCCAACCCCUCUAACCACUCUGUCUCUGGCUUCUUUCUAUGCUGUGCAUCUCCUACCAACUCUUUAAUAACAUAUCUUAAGCCCUUUUUUUUAAUGCUAUGUUCAACAGGAAAUUUCAUCCAUACCCAUGGUUUUAUUUACAACCUACAUGUUUUUUGACUGUAAAAUUUAUAUCUGAAGUUCAACUUUUUCUCUCAUGCACAUGAGACCUGUGUAGACAAUUGGCCUAAAGGACUUUUGAAUACAAAGAAUCCUCAAAUUCAACAUAUC